GGCGGCGGCCGGGGAUGUGGAGAGCGGGCAUGGCCGCCGGGGAAGGGCUGGGCCCGGCGCUGCGCGCCGUCACCGAGCAGGUGCAGCAGGCGGCAGCGCGGAGGCCGAAGGGACUCCCGGACGUGCAGCCGCGCCUGGUGGCCGUCAGCAAGACGAAGCCCGCGGAGAUGGUGCUGGACGCCUACAGCCACGGGCAGCGCAGCUUCGGGGAGAACUACGUUCAAGAGCUGCUAGAAAAGGCGUCAGACUCCAGAAUUCUGUCAUCUUGUCCAGAGAUCAAGUGGCAUUUUAUUGGCCAUCUGCAGAAAAGUAAUGUCAACAAGUUGAUUGCCGUCCCUAACCUGUUCAUGUUGGAAACAGUGGAUUCUGUGAAACUGGCAGACAGAGUCAACAGCUCAUGGCAGAAAAAAGGAUCACCUCAGAAGCUGAAAGUCAUGGUGCAAGUUAACACCAGUGGAGAAGACAGUAAGCAUGGCCUGCCUCCCAGAGACACCACAGCUGCUGUGGAGCACGUUAUCAACAAGUGUCCAAGCCUGGAAUUUGUGGGGCUGAUGACAAUUGGCAGCAUCGGACAUGACCUUAGCAAGGGGCCAAAUCCUGACUUCCAGGUGCUGCUAUCUUUGCGUCAGGAAGUGUGUGAAAAGCUGAAUCUCCCCAUUGAGAAGGUGGAGCUGAGUAUGGGCAUGUCCACAGACUUCCAGCACGCAAUAGAGGUUGGAUCCACAAACGUCAGGAUUGGAAGCACUAUUUUUGGAGAGCGUGAUUAUUCCAACAAAGCAGAUGGUGGUAAGGCCCCUGCUGAAACUAAAGGCAAAACAGAGGCCUCGAUGACACAGGGACAUUAGAUGGGGAAAAUAAGUGGCCUCAACAGAGGACAGAUGAUAGGAGACCUCACUAUGCAUUCUUACCUCCAUCCUUGCUGGCUCCAAGUCAUGGCAGGGGGAAGGAAUUCCUCAUAACAGAACAGAGGCCAGAAAUGCCUCAUAAUUUAUUGUGAUUAUUAGAGAGCACCCAUAGAAACUGGAAAUGUCAAUAACCAAAAAUGAUAAGAGAAGUUAAGGUCAAAGAUGACUGUAGUAUCUUGGCUACUUCAGGCACAUCAGGAACGGUGAUUUCUGGAUAAGUAGGUUGAACUAACUAAAUAUUUGUCAGGAUGAAGUUGCUCUGGACAAGAUGUAUCCUCAGCAGUGUCGGUCAUUAUGGUGUCAUUGAGGGCAACAUUGUUCAUUAAACAAGUUACAUGCUGUGAGAGACCUGUAAGUGUUUCCUUUGCCUGGGGUUGCUAUUGAGCAGUGCUUACAGAGAGGUACUGUAGCACAUGGUGACACCCAGCAGUGCUGAAGAGAUGGCAUCCGUUUAAACAGAGAAUGAAUAACAAGCACACAAGGGAGGGUAAAGAACAGAGUUGUGAGUUCAUGGCCUGAUGUUUUGGAUGCAGACUGGAAGUGUGGGACUGUCUGGUGUCUGUAUUUGUUCUUUCUGACGGAUGUUGCAGGCUUUUCCCAUUGGUUACAUGUAUUUGAAGUGCUGGUCUGGCCUUCACCCCUUUUGCAAGAGGGAAACAGGGCUCUCUCUUUGUAGUAACUGUUUCUUCAAGAUCUGAGCAGAAGCUCUGCACCACAUCAGGGGCUGUUCGGCCAGCAGUAACUGCAGCAAGUCUCCUGUAAUCUAUUACAGCUCUGUGCUCUGGGCUUUUGUGUGCUUCUGAGAGGAGACAUUGGUUGCCAGCAGAAACAUCCUUCCUAGGCUUUGUCUGUGUAUGCGAUCAAAUCUAGCUGUUGGUUUUACUUUCUGACUAUAAAUGCUGAAUGCAAAUGAAAAGGGUGAACUCCAACACCAACCUGUUGUAGCUACAUGGUUUAAAAGCAACAUGCAGUCUGAGCUGCCCUCUCUGGAACUGCACAAUGUGUUGUUUCAUAGUUUGUUAAUAAAAAGUGGUGAAUUCGAAUGCCAUCUGUGCCAACUGUAAAGCUAUUAAAGAUGUUAUUUUUAUGUUCUA